AAUUUCAAUUUUAGUCUGAAACAUACCUUCUUUUCCUCCGCAUGCAUUGGUCUUCGUCUCCCGUCUGACAUUUUAUCUUACGUUUAUUGAUUUAGUUUCCCAAUUUAUCGAGAUCAUGGCCACUUGCAACCAAUUUGAAACUCGAUCCAGUAAUGGUCCUUCUGAAACAUCUGCGGAGCAACCGGUCAUAUUUUAUGAAUCAGACAACCCCGUCGAUGGCGACGAUUCUUACAAACUGUUGUACACUCAUGCCGAAGUUGAUAUUAAAAAGUAUCGAGAACACCCAACCCGGGGAAUCCGCCACUUACGUGUGGACAAGGUCGUGACGCCUUACAUGUUCUACACGGAGUUUGACAUGAGAAAUGUAAUCCAUAGCUUCAAAGACUGGAAAGCGGCCAUGCAGAACUUUUACAACAAUGACCAAGACCCAGGCCUAGAAAUGUAUCAAGUGAAAACAUCCAUUCUAUUCAAGUACCGCUGUUACGCGUACCAUGAUCCCGAGACUGGCUUGUGGGAAAGAGUGCGCGUGAUGAAAUAUUGCACGAAGAAAAAAAUUGCGGAAGUCUUCAUGUUUGAGCAAGAUGAAUUUCGAAUUGUACCAAAAUCAUCAAUAAUGGAACUCAACCCAGACUUUUGUAUAUCUGCUGCGUAUGGGUUUCCUACCCACUUGCUCAACAUCCAACCUCCAAAUGGGGACAAAUAUUGGUCACCAGAGGCAGUUAAUUACUUUAAACGUUUGGUGGAGGGCAAAAGCUUUGCGACGAUUGUCAUCACAAGAUCUCAGAUACCUUUCCCUGAAGGGUUUCCAGAAGUUAGCGAGUACCUCGGAGUGGUCAUGAUGCAGAGAAAUCCUUGGAAGAAUAUCACCGUUCAGGCAGAAUUGGUCAAGGCUGGGUUUGCAGAGGCAACUGGUUGUUUAGCCGGAUAUGCAGGGAUGUUGGAAGCUUUGGGUGAAAAAAUUGGGCGAUUUGACAUACAAUCUUUUGGAAAUGAAUCGAAUAACGCUUUCGCUAUAGCUACUGGGAAAGUCCUCAAAAAGCCAAGUGUACAACUUGUUCAAGAGACAUUAAAGACGGCAAUGGCCACGUCAGAGACAUUAAGAAAAAAGGAGAUGAACUUGGCUGAUAUUUUUGUGUCAACCCAGUAUGACUUAUUUGCUCCGGAUAUGUGUACCAAGCAUGAUGAGUCCAAAGAUCUCUUUUUCCAUCUUCCCAACACUUACAAGAAUGCAAUGUGUCAGGUCAGAUUUUCUCACAUGUCCUGUCCCAGCGUGAUGUACGUCCAGUUGGAGAACAAUAUCAAUGAUUUGCGAGAAAUGGAAACUGCUCUGAGUCUCAUGGUCGAAAAUGAAGAGUCGAUUCAAUACAAUUGUGUGAAGGCAGGCCUUGCCAUUGCGGUUCAGAUUCAAAUUACCCCUAAUCAAGAACCUACAUGGGUCCGAGGCGUGGUACGCCAUGUCCUUCACAGUGUCAAACUUUUGAAGGUUAUUCUGGUGGACUACGGAUCGGAUAUUUCCAUAAAAGAGCACUUCACACGCUACCUUCCAGCAUACUUUCAGAAAAUUCCAGGUUUCGCUUUCCGCGUUCAUCUGGAUUCUCGGUUUCUCGUUCCAAGCGUAGGACGCCAGUGGUCAAGUGACGCAGGAGACACUUUCAUGAAAUAUAUGAAUGCCUGGAAUUAUCAAGUGCCAAUCUACUACGUGUGGAUGCCUGCCUCUGCUUCUGUCCUAGAACUUCAAGAUUUUAACCAAGAGCUUUGCUGGAACCCAGAAGCCGGUAAAUGGCGACCCUCCGUUGGUCGCAUUUCGGCCUUAAACAGCAUCGUCAAUUCAAUGAGUGAGUCAGUUCUCCUCUGCAAUUUCUUCACCUCCAUUGGAAUUGAUGCUGUGUAUGAAGUCAUUACUCAGGACGAGAAGCAAGACUACAAAUUUGAAUCAUUGGGAGAAGUUUUGUGCGAUUGCGGUUUUGGAAUUAGGUUGGGGCCAUUAAAGUCGACGAAAGGCCAGCACAACAGCAUCGUCAUGGCCUGUCUCGAUGAUAACUAUGUGGAUGGUCAGAAGAAUCUUUUGAGACAAAAAGCUGGUGCACCCUUUAUUACACGAAAAUAGAGGGAAUAAAGACAUCACCAAUUUUAUGAGUGCGGACGUUGGACCAAUCUAGAUUUGAUGGAUUUUUUGAUGUUAUGGAUUAUCCGAUGGGUGGCGCAAGUUUUAAAUAUACGUAGAUUUCGUUUGAAACAUUGUUUUUAAGUAAUGAAUUAUAGUUGAAUAAAUGACAAGCCAUCCAUCCAUAAAAAAUAA